AUGGAGGCCACAGCGGCUACGGACUUUGUGUGCUAUGCCGGAACAUCGGAGAUGAUUCUUUGGGUGAAGGAGUUCCAAUUGGGUGGAGCGUUGAGGGAUGGCCACCAGAAUUUGCUCAGCCAAAGGGUGCCUUCUCAGUGGGGUCCAGUGCAUCUCUUCGAUCUGUGCCUCACCUUUGGUCUCUUCGACACUGCCUGGGCUAUGGCAGAGGGUGGAGUCGAAGGCUGCAGGUUGGAGGUCUAUCACCUCAACCGACAGUUUAAUCGCCAGAACUCCUACCGGUUCAGAGGUACAUGGCAGACCUGUGCCGGUGAGUGCUGCUAUGGCUUCCCAGACGGCAUUUGGAUGGAUGACUGGGACGCAAAUCUUGCGGAUGCCGCGGAUGCUGCACGCCGGACCGCCAGCCAGCCUUUGGCUCGGACACUCCUGGAGGCUUUUCGGACUUCUGCUGGACUUCCUUUCGCCAUCUCCGAAGAGGCCAUGGCGCACUUGCUUGACAUCGCCGUCCUCAUCGGCGACAAAGAGGCGGCCAUGAGCUGCGCGGAGCGAUCCCGUCUCCGCCCUUUGCGGCGGUGA